UAAAGCUUAAAUAAUGAACAAUGGAACACUUAUUGUGUGGUCACACGCAUUUUUUUCUUGCAUCCCAGUUAAUUUGGUCCAUAACAGCUCUUCAAACUCUGAAUUACUUUCUGUGAAUAUACUUCCAUAUAUUUUAUGAUAAAAUUACUUUAAAUCUUGAACACCACUCAUUUUCUUCCUUUCUUUAUAGUAUACCGUCAAAAAUAACACGUAUUCUCAUGUUUGCAUCUUAGUAAACUGUGUACCGAAACUUUCUUCAUGAAGCAAUGUACAUUGGCUUAUGUUUUUUAUGGUUAAUCCUUUAUUUGGUGUCGAUGUUACACUCAAAUAGUAGCUGGAACAGGAUACGUUAUUUCACUUGGGUGGGUGGCCUGUGCCAGCUGUGAACUGUGCCUUAGGGACGUGGGCCACACUGUGACUGACCUGAUUGGUUUUUUUCUCACCUCCCUGUAACAGCUUCUUGUAGUUCUGAAGACCUGAUUUGUACUGUAUCAGAUGUUUCUGGUACAAUGUAAAUACAGGUAGUUCAGAAGGGAAAGGACAAAAGAAUAAAGGAAAAGCAGAGAAAAGGAAAACAACUGAAGUUGCCCAGAGAGGUGGUGGAGGCCCCAUCCCUGGGGACAUUCAAGGCCAGGCUGGAUGAGGCUCUGAGCAACCUGAUCUAGUUAAAGAUGUCCCUGCUGGCUGCAGGGGGGUUGGGAUAGAUGGCCUUUAGAGGUCUCUUCCAACCCAACACAUUCUGUGAUUCUAAUUCUGGGACUGCAUUCUUUUUUUCCAUACUGUUCCUACACAUUUGGAUUCUGUCGUUUAAAUACUACAUUUAAUCUCAAACAGAGCAUGUUAAGUCGUGUUUGCUUGUAGUGCAGUAAAAGCAAACAUCCCCUGACACUGUUUUAGAGCUUUCCGUUCUCUGCAGGCACAGAUACUGUCCUACUCUCCUUAUCUGUUGAAAUCCCAGUUAAUUACUCCUCAGGUCUCAGUGUGCCACAGAUGCACAGGCAAGAAGGGAAGUGCAGUUUGGUUAAUGAUGGUACAGGGCUGCAUGCUGCCUCACAGAAUGCCUGUGUAUCUGCAGUUCAUAAAGACAAAGUGAGGUGUAGCUGAAGUUACCAUCUUCUGAUUUUGCCAGCUGAAAACAUUCUAAGUAUGCUAUUUUUGUGGCUGAGCAGAAGAGUUUACUGUGUUCUGUCUUGCAGAAAGAUGCGCUCAUCCUGCUACACUUGUGAAAGAUGCUGUUUCUUUUUCUGUAAAAACUGCUUAUGCAGAUCUUCAUGAUAACACUAUUGGAAUGCUGUCUUGCACAACUCUGUGUUCGCAAUAGAAAUAACCUUUAACAGGAACUACAUCAGCAAGACAGGUGAAUGGGCAGUUUUGUGGAAGGAAUGUCUUUUUCAAGACUGUUUCCCAUAUAGCAACACGGGGAUCCUUUUACUCAGUCAGAAAACACUGAAAGGUGGAUAUUUUUUAUCUCCAGCAAGUACUGUUUUCAGUCAUAAAGGCCACUGUAACUUUGGGGAAAGAUUGGGUUUUCUCUAAUACUUACAAAACUUGUGCCUUUUUUCCCCCUUCUGUGCUUUUCCUGCCUUUACUGUUGGAUGGAGUUCUUCAAGCUGGAAAGGCAACCAUAUGUUCAUCUCAAAAUGCAGAGUGCACUAUAACUCAUAUAUUCAUCAACAAAGAAAUUUUUCCUAUGCAAAACAAAAAAUUUUCUGAAGCUCCAUACUACACUGUGCAAUAUAUAGGAGAUUAUCUUUUUGGGAGUGAGAUACAAAAUACUGAAGAUACCCAAAUGAACCGUUUCCUGGCUGCACAAGAAACCAACCAAAUCAUGUCUAACAUGCAGCUUGCCACAAUGAAAAGUGCUGUUAUAAAACAUAUGUAUUUUGCUGCGGCCGUUAAGCACAGGCUUGUUCAAAAAGACCAGCUGAAUAAAUGCAAUCCAGAGGUUAAAAAUACUAACCUGUCCAGAGGCACAUGGUAUAUGCUUGAAGGAUUACUGGAGGAGUAUUUAUUUCUUGAUGUAAUCACAGAACUUGCUGCUGGUCAAGGGUGCUCUACACCUCCCGUGCAACUUCUUCAUUCUCUUCUAGAACAUGUGCUAUUGGGAAACAGCGAUGCAAUAUUUUAUGCUAAACUUCAUCACACUUUGUACCUUGUUCUCCAACGUGAUCCUCCUUGGAAGUCCUCGUCUAUGUUAAAGUAUUAUUUGGAUCUUCUUCAGUGUCCUAUCUGUAAGAAAGGUACAUGGUCCUUGAUAGAGAUGCUUGUAAGGUCUUGCCUUUAUUGCAAAACCAUUUGUCAUGCAGUCCCAGUUUCAGGAAGAGGAGAUGAACAGAGGAUAGUUCACAAAACAUUAUUGAAGUUUUUCUUUGAUUUAGUGAAAGCUGAAGUGGAGUUUCUGACAAAAAGAUUGGUUGAAGGGACCAAUUCACAGCAUCAGCAAGUCAUGCCACAGACGGUUCUUCUGAAGACCUUUUGGCUGGGAAGCGAAACCUCUGUGCUUUUUACCAAACACAUAAAUAUUCUAACAGAUUGGGUCAUAUUUUCCUACAGAGAAUUAAAUAGAAAAAAUGAUGCUUUCAGAUGUGAAAUAGCUGGUCUAUUAAAUGCCAUUCUUGGAACUGUAGUGGAGUAUUGGAUCGUCUCAAGUUUGCUUAUGGACAGAAAUGUGUUUCAUCAAAUAGCUGAUGAUUUGGCACAGUACAUUGCCAUUUCUUGUGACGAUUUUUCGAUGUCUGAAUUAAAAAGGUUCAUUUGUUCCAUACCAUCCCUCUGGCUUCAAAUGUUUGUCGCAGAAGCAGUUUUUAAAAAAAUGUGUUUACAGAGGAAUAUAACUAUUUCUAAAGAACCUCUUUCUCUUCAGAAAAUAGUCUGUUCCUAUUCGCCUGCUUUGCGAGAGGUAGGGAUGCAUGAGACAAGGAACAUACAGAAUCCAAAGAAAAAGAAAAUGAAAAUAGGGCAAUGGCCAUGCCCUGAGUCUCAAAGGGCAUUACAGAUGCUAAAUGGUGAUAAGCAGAACCAAGUCAAAGUGCUGCCUGAUCUACCUGACUUAAUCUUUAAUAAGUGCCCUCCAAUGACAAAGAGGCUUAGAGCAAAAGCAGAAGUUGAGUCUUCAUACACCAAAGAGAAUUGCUACGUUUUGGCUGAAGAGGUGCAUUUUUGCAGGAGAAAUAUUAAAGGAGAGACAGCCCUGCAUAGAGCUUGCAUAAGAAACAAAGUGGAGAGAUUGAUUCAGCUUCUCUCUUCCCCUGGAACAGACAUUAAUGCUAAAGACUAUGCUGGCUGGACGCCUUUGCAUGAAGCCUGUAACCAUGGCAGCACAGUGUGUGUCCGUGAAAUUUUGCAGCGUUGUCCAGAGGUAGACCUGCUCAGUCAAGUGGACGGGGUGACUCCUUUGCAUGAUGCACUGUCAAAUGGACAUGUAGAAAUUGGCAAGCUGCUACUUCAGCAUGGGGGACCAGCCCUUCUACAGCAGAGGGACUCCAAUGGAAAGCUGCCACUGGAUUAUGUUGAGUCCAUACCAGUAAAGCAAGAACUUCUGAAUGUUGUUCAUCCAGAAGAGAACAUCGACAGCUUCUGUGAACGCACAGAACAAGAUUUCUGCAGUCAGCAGAGAGAACUGUGGUUGAUGUUAUUUAAUAAGAUGGUGCUGAAUUUUUGUUCGGUUUACAAUCUGUCUUCACCCUUUACAUUGACUCUCAGAGAGGUAGCUUGUUCAAGUGUACUUCCAUUAAUGGCUCAUGAUAACUGUAAGAUGAGAAAUGUAUUUUCUGCAGAUUGGUUAGUAGAUACAUACUUUAGAGAGCUAGAAAGUUUUCAAAAGCUACCACAGUUUCUCCAAGAAAUAUCUGCAGACAUGUUGUUUUUCCCUGGAGAACAGAUGAAGGCUUUAUUAGCAGCUCUGGAAACUAUGGUCGAGGCAUAUCAGCUCUUUACUUAAAUCUUUUUAACAGUUGUCUCCAAAAAAGCGACAUUGGGUGAAUCUUGACAACCCUUGGUAUUGGGCUAGCUUUUUUUUCUGGCAGCCAAAGAACUACAAAUUUCAUAGCCCUACCCGAGCCCCACAUGUUAGUAUCUUCCCUGUUGAUACUUCCAUCUACCAGAACCUGGAAGUCAGAGGCAUUUAUGCAGCGUGUUUUUUAGGCAAUAGUUCCAAUACCAAUGACUUCUGCUGGCCUGAUAGAUCUGGAUGUCUGUGACCACCUCGGAAGUGUGCUAUAUCAUUUGCACUAAGUUAAACUUUGUAUUUUCUGUCCUGGAAAUCCUUGUUACACACACAAAGACACAUGGAAGAUCUUCUCCCUUGUCAGCACCGUGGCGCUGGUGGUCACGUUCAUUUGUGCAGUGACUGACUUGAGGACCAGGGCCCAGAUUUGCAGAACAGGUGGUUUGCAGAACUCCAGCGGGCACCACUGACUAGGCCUUUAAAAUGAUCCACUCACCUUGCUGCUUCCCAGGCCAGUGAUGCUGUGAAGGGCCAAAUCCACCCUCACCGCAUAAUUUACGGUGUCCUUGGCUCUGCUCUGACUCGUGUUGGCUUGCAGCAGUUUGAUAAAUCCAUUACACUAGCAGCGUAUAAAAUGAUCUGGGAACACUCCUGGGAUUCCCUCAACUAAAGAUGCUGGUGGAAGCAGUGGCACAAAUCUAGUUAUGUUGGCAGGGGAAUUUACAAAGGAUUAGACAAGGCAGUUUAAGUAUGUACUGGGCAUCAGAUUCUGACACUAAGUAUGGAUCUCCUUAAAAAUUACACCCCAUUUAAUAUGAGAAUUUUGUUCUCCAUUCUGUGAAUACACGCAAACUACACAUGAUAAAUCCUCUAAACUAAUCCUCUAACCUAAUUUAGGAUUGUCUGCUACGUAUUCUAUCAGAUGGUCCUUUUAAUUAAUUAAGAAAAAGAGAAAAUCCUGUGCUGUUCUUUAAAGGUAUUGAGGCUGGCGAGGCAGCUGAACUACGUAAUUGUGCUGCACAGCGUUGGGGAUGCAGAAGAGUUAGAGCUCCCUUUGCACAUUUGUACAGCAACAACUACUCUUCCUGCCCUGCAUCUUUAUAGAAGUCCAGUGCCAAAGUCAUUUCAGAGUAGGGUCUGGGAAGAGAUACGCUUUUAAGGCAAGUUUAUCCCUUCCCUUUCCAAGGGAAGAGAAGGAAGUGCUGCUUUAGAGUGAGGAUACCUGAUUUUGCUGCCCCCGCCCCUCCCCAACAGAUUCAGUAAUAGAUCAGGAAUAAUUUAAAAUCUUAGCCUUCAAAAGGAAGGUACUAGUUAGCAACAUUUUCAAUUCUUCUGUAAUAGCAAUUUAUAAUAUUAAAAAAAGAACCCUAAAAGAAAGGGUGUGGAUAAUAGCUGCUUCGGAAAUUGAUGUUGCUUGACUGGAGGGAAUAAGUUACACUGAUGCAGCUGGCUUGCAGCGCAUUAAAACUUCCAUUUCGCCUUUCUGCAGCUGAGAUAUAUGAUCUCAUAGCAAUUAAUCCACUGAAGAUGCUCAGUCUGAGUUGGUCUUGGAACCAGACCUACAUUACAAAUGUUCAAUGUUUAUUAAUGACUGAUUAUUACUUUUAUACAUGCAUGCAGAACAGCCUGCUCCAAUAGAAAAGAGUCAGCGCAUAUCGGAUUUGUUUCUGUUUGUGCACUUUUGAUUUUUCUGUAGCAUAAAGCAACACCAAAAAAACCUUUGUCACACGUGAAAUGGACUAAUAAACAUCAGUAUUGCAUGUUGCAGGGUGUGAUGAAAGAAAUGCUACAUAAAUACUUCCUAAAGAAUGCAAAUAUGCCUUUAAGUUUGCAAUAUUAACAUUUUCUUUAGUUAUGAAUUUGAUGGGUAACGGGAAAUUUAAGAUUGGGACUCAGAACCACAGAAGAAUAAUUCUGGUCCUAAUAUAAUACAUUAGUGACUUAAAAGAAAGCAGGAAAAGCAUUAUUUUGGUCUGAUAAAGAGAGUGAUUCUGCUUAUAUAUCCAAGAUAUUCCCACAAUUAUUUGCUAUUAUGUCAUUCAGACAGGAAAAAAAAUGCGCAUCAAACAUUUGUAAGUCCUACUUACCGAUUUAAACUAAUUUCAAGUACAUCUCUCCAAGAUACUGUAGAGAAAAGUAGAUAACGUGCUAAAUGAACAUUAUUAACACUGCAAAGUGAAACAUUCAAAAGUUAGCAAAUGUCUGAAUUAAUAUUCUACGUGUAGCCCCAACUUAAAUAUUGUCUGUGCGCAUCGUCAGUCUUUAAUUAUAUGGUGACACAAUUUUGUUCUUCCUAAUGUUCAUUCAGUUUAAGUAAGGAUCAUGUAUUGAAAAUUUUCCUGUUGUUUCCCAGUUAUGCUCUUAACAGAGUUCAGUUUUAUACAUAUUCAGUUUUACGUCCACCCAAGUUUGCAAACUCCGUAUCCUUAUAAAAUCUUAAGUAUAUCUCAGUUGUAUUUCACAUAAAAUUAUGUGCUUCAUCUAAUUUAUUAGAGAGUACCUGUUCUCCUUCAGAGUAGCAAAACUUUCCUGUUAAAUCAUGAUUGCAAUAAAGUGAGAUCUAUUAAGCGAUUAAACUCACUGCUUUUUAAAAUCCCUCUUGGUAUGUAGGGUAUUUCCCACUUCUUGGCUUAGUUAAAAGAACAAACAAAAUCAGCCAGCCAGCCCCGCUCCCCCCUUUUCUCUCUAUGCCCACGUUUCACAGGCCGACGUGCUUCGCAAGCACAAAUGUGCAUCUUCAUCCUCCACCGAUCCUGUUUCUCCCAGGCCUUUAAAAAACUUCUCCGUUAUUCUCCGCCUUCAGCGUGCAGUUGGAGAACAUCCCUUUUGCAGAUGUGCCAGGUGCUGCCCGGGCAGGCGAGUAGCAGCAGGAUGGCGGGUACAGCGAAGCAGAAGGUGGAGCACACUGGGAUACGCAGCUGGGAAUUACAACGGCAUGACAAAGGUGUUGGUCAAGCUUCAAAAGUUGCCCAAAAAGUUGCAUUAGGCCAAAUUUCAGUGUUAUAUUUUCUCUGACAUGGUCUUUGUUUCACACUGCUGCCAUUACUAGACAGGGAGUGCAUCAGUUUACGUGCAAAUAUCUCUGUGAUACUUGUAAGAGGUUUUUCAGACCGUUCCUUGAUUUCAGAAGGGUCACGCUCAUUGGCAAAUAAAUCACUACUGGCAGUAUACUGGGUGUCUGGGCUCAGGAGCUUCGCUGUCUAUUUGGUUUAUUUUUGUUUAGGAUCAAAUCUUAGCUCAUCAAAUUUAAGUAUUCCUGUGGCUUCAAUACCGUUUAAAAUUUGUUAUAACAGAGAGGAGGUUCAAACCUUGGAGCCCGGUCUCCCUUUGGGCUGUCUAAACAGUCCCGAAGCUCUUCCCUGCACCAUUUGCCGCCCUGACUGAUGCUCAGUAGCUGGGUUGCGAAAGGCCCCUCCCAACCUACACCAUUCUGCGGCUGAACUGGGCCGACCUGUACGAGCAGUCAUGUCACCUCCUCCUGUGACACCUGCAAGUGUCGUACAGUGAAAAAUGUAAACUGUGUAUUUACUCUGUUGGUGAAACAUGCCGGUCUGAGUGCCAGUCCUGGAGGAACACCACGAGAAACGCUUCACGCUCAGUGAUUAUUCCCCAAUGCAUCCUCUUUAAAAUCUGUCAGAUCACUCCUUUUUUUUAAUCUGUUAAAUGCACAUUAAAUAAUUACAAUCAUCAAACUGAAAUAUAUAAAGAUCCUUACAAGUUCAUAAAUUUACCAUCAUAUUUACCAGGAUACGAAAUUAUGCUGCUUCAGGAAAAAAAGCUCUAAAAAUUACACUUUGCAAAAUACUAAUCUCUGCUCUCGUAGUCAGAUAAAAAUAGUGAAAAUGCACCUACUUUAUCAACCAAACUUGUAAUCUUUGUGAAAAAAAAAUAAAAAUACAGAUUUUGGGUUGUCUAAGAAGUUGCUUUAAGUCAGGAUAUCAAGAGAUGCUAUUACAGUAGCAUAUUUUAGGCAGUUGAGUAAAUGCAAAAUACCUUCUUUUUAAGAAGGAUGAGCUGAGGACUAUUUAGGAGGCUUUUUCCCGCAGGCAGGCAGGGAACCCCGGGCAGAAGAGAUGAAACAGUAAAACUGCAGAGCUCCAGUAACGCUGCCUACACAGACAUCUGUGAACCAGGUGUUUGGAGACCAUGACUGAAUUGCUCAAAAAUUAAUUAGAAAUAUUGAAAAACAAUGCUUCUGUCUGCCUAAAGCUGAUGGCAAUACACAUUGAAAAAAAUUGGACUAUUUUGCUGGGUUUUUUUAACAACAUCAGGAAUUACUAUUUCCAUGCACAUUUAAAGAGGCUGCUGGCUGGGGAGCGAAGGGAAGAGAAAAUCAAAAAUGGUGCAAAAACGCUACGUUCAAGUCCAGUUAAAAAAUUGAGAUCCAGCUUCUGGGUUCUUUCAAUGCAAGUUUCAUUAAUCUUUUAGGAGAGCUAUCUUAUUGAUGCUGGAAAAUUGUCAUUAAUCUUGAAUGUAGGAGAAGUGAAAAUAAAGCAGUGGAAGGGCGAACAGUCAGCUUAUACAAAUUGUUGAGAGUGCUGACACAGGGAAGUUUACCCAUUGUGGCUUGUCACUUGCACACAGCUGAAGUCUAAUUAAUCUAAUUCUUGUCUUACCUAAAUGAGCUUGUAUACAUUUGCUAAAUGUCAUAGUUUUUCAGGAGAGUCAUGUAAAGAAGGUCUCAUUCUUGUUUAACUCCCAGUUCACCUAAAUCACAUUUCUCUUGUGUGUAAGAGGAGUGGAUGUUUUGCUAAGGUCGGUCACUACCUCAUUACAGCUCAUUUGCAACCAACGGUGCUUUGGAAAAUUCGGGGAAGUCAAAGCUACAGUGAAAAAAUUUCAAAAAAUAA